AAAAAAAAAACAGAAAUUGAAAUAAUGAUGUCGGCCGAAUAAAUGCCGCUGUUUUUCGCUCGUUACCACGCGUUUCUACGUUUCUAGUGUAAAUUUAAGUAGUAAAGUUUAAUUAUUCCGUUUGGUACUGCAUCAUUGUGAAAAUGUAUAGAAACAAGAAAGACGUCGACAAGCAUGUAGAAGGAAUGCUAGCGAAACUGUCCCUGAAAGAGUUUAAAUCUCGUGCUUACUCGGUGGCUCGUCUAUACUUCGAGGUAGGUGACUAUGUCAGCUGCCAGCGGUAUGUUGAGCAAUACCUGAGUCAGAAAGACAACAACGCAGCGGCUCACAAACUACUGGGACAGACCUUACAGAAGCUGGGACAGAAGGAAAAAGCUCUGGAACAGUACAAGAUAUCUUUAGAUAUCGACCCCACGCAAACUAGCCUGAUUUUGGAAAUAUGUGAACUUCUUGCUGAUGAUGAGGUGUUCAUUGAUCCCGGACGUGCCAAGUAUUGGUGUGAAAAGGCUGAAGCUACAUUCCCAAGACACCCUGUGACCUUCCGCCUCCGUGAAAGACUGAUGGCUUCAUCAAACCCUGAUCCUGAGGCUCUAGUUAGCCUUUUAACUGCAGAACUAGCUGUGAGACCCAAGGACCCCACUCUCCAUGCUCGGCUGCUGAAGCACUACCUGCAAAGCAACAAAAUAAAGGAAGCUUUUGAACAUAGUUGCAAUGUUGAGUUUGGUGGUGACACCUUUUUAAACAAUAUAGCUUGGUAUGAAAGCCUAGCUGAAAUUCUCAAGCAUAACUCACUAAACACUAAGGAUUGGCUGUACCAGGUUCUUUGUUUGACUGUUAGAGAAAGAUUAUGUUGCCUUAGCUUAACUGACCUUCAGACAGGGACACCCAAGGGUUUAUUGGAAACAAGUGACCUGUUGCACCAGUAUGACCAGGCUAUAGAGACUAUUUGUAAAGCUGGAGCUCCCCCUAAGCAUGCUGAAUUCCAUGCAGGGCUACUGCAACACCAUCGGGGCCAGCUGGCGCUCCAUUUAGCCACAUUAGUGCUCAAGAAAGCCAAGAAAGACCAACUGAAUUGGAAAGAAGCCACUAGAGUUGCUUCUCCUUUGAUGUUGAUAGCGUGGCAUACUGUCCCUCUGGAUACAAAAGUUAGUUGGCUGUCCCAUGCACCACAGAAGCUACAGACUGCUGUGCACCGCUGGUUCAUUGAAGGCUCCUACAGAUGCUCUCAAGCUGGCCAUUACCUACUGGCAAACACUCAGGAAAAGAGUCAGACAUUCCUAGAUGCUAUAUCUCAGACAUGUUCCAACAAAAAUUGGAGAGACAAGUUGUAUGAGAAAAUAUUUGCUACUAAAGACCACAUGGCUAAAAUGAAAUCAUCAUACUUUGUUUCUGGGGCCUACAGUGAACCUGUUUUAAGACUACCGAGGAAGACUGAAGUAGAAGCCUAUGAUGUGGAAGCUCAAAGGCAACAUCCUAAUUCAUUGCAUCACUUUGUUUGGAUCCUGAAAAACUAUAAAAACUUUGCUCAAUUCCAAUGUUCAAUCUUUGAUAUGUUGACGCCAAAGACUCGUAACUACAUGAACAGUGGCCCAGAGACUCUUAAUAAGAUGGACAUAUUUGCUUUUCUUUAUACUGCUGCCAUCACUGCACAGCACCAAAAAAGCUAUCUCAUUAUAAAUGAUCCACACAAGCCUAAGGUAUUGCCGGCAAACAUCACAGACUUGCUUUGUCCUCUCGCUCAAAUGAAAUGGUGGGAUUGUGCAUACAAGUUCAGUCAGAAUCUACUAGGAUCUGAACUGUCCGACAUUCGGACAACAUUGAGUCGAGGUAUUGAAGUGAUUCGCUGUGUAGACAACCACGGACUGGACCCUGAGGUGCUCUGUACACUCGGCCGCAUAUUCAGUGAGCGGGCUAGGAAUACCACUGCAGUGGAAGAGAAAAACAACUUGGAGGCCAGGGCUGGACUGUACUAUGGAGCUGCUAUACCAUUGCUAGAAAAGCUAAAAAGCAAAAUUGUUAUUAAAGUUCCAGAGAGAAGAUUAUUUGAUUACACUCACAAAGAGAUGAGCAACAAAGACAUCAAUGCGCUGCUAGAAGAGAGCAAAAUCUAUGUAGCUGUCAACUACCUCAAUGAUUCAGAGUAUGAAAAAGCUCUAGAAACAUUAUCGAAUCUGAAGUCAUCUCAAGCUUUCUUCCAUCUGAGUCAAAUAUACAAGAAGAUGGCCCUGGAUGAACAAAGUGUGACAAAAGACUCCACUGAUAAUGAAACUAAGUUUAAAUAUGCCGCACUGCUUGGAAAAGCUAAAAGCUAUGCUUAUAAAACAUUGGAUAUUUUAAAAGAAAAUCAUGAUGAUAAUAAAAACAAGCUAUAUGCUGAUACACAAGAACUAAUUGAGGAAAUCGAAACUAACAUGAACAAGGUUGACCCAGAUUUAUCAGGAAAUAUUCACGACAAGUACUCUUCAGAUGAGAAUGUAUCUUCAGGGGGCAGCGAGCAUGUCACUGUACAUAACAACUCGCACAUGUUCCGCAACCUGAGCUCCACCCCCAAGCACCCGGCGGCCAACAGCACAAACUACCGCACCGCCGUAGACUCACAACUAUUCGAAACUACUCGCAAUGAUCAGAAAUACUUAGAAAGAAUUGAAAACCAAAUCAAGGGAUUACAAAAAAGGGAUUCUACCAUCAAUUCCUUCAUGGAGCAGACUAAGGGAUGGUUUGAUGAGAAUCGUAGCUUGAGCAACCAAAUCAUAAGCACCAUCAACUCAAACAUCCAGAACACCACUGAUCAAUUCAAGCUCCUGAAAAUAUCUGUUGAUCAGGUGAAGGACCAAAUAGAUGAGUGUCGAAGUGAGUGCAAGGAUGUGGGCGAAUUGAAGAAACAAGUGGCCGAGCUGAAAAGGGAAGUGAGCAAAUUGAAGAAGGCUUCAUCAGAAACCAACAUUGAUGACAGUGACUUGUACAUGUUGGAUGAAGAGUACAGAAGCAACGAGGGCUCGAGCCUGGCGGCGCAGCUGCCGUUCACGCCGCCCGUGAUGCCGCCCUUCAACCAGCGCCUCGUGCCGCCCUUCGGCGUGCCGCCCAACCCCUACCUCUACGGGCACAACCUCUACGGGCUGUACAACCAGUACUCGCAGUUCCCCCAGCCCGGGGCGCCGCCGAUGUUCGAUCCGAGCCGCGGCCAGGUGUACCCCGGCAUGUACGCCACGCCCGAGCAGAUGUUCCCGGACAUCGCGCACCUGAUCCCGACCAGCGUGGCGCCGCCCGCGCCCUCCAUCCCGCCCGUGCCGGCCGUGCCGCCCGCGCCCGCCCCCGCGCCCGCGCCCCGCCCGCCCGCGCACGCGCCCGCCCCCGCCGCCGUGCCUAAAGACUCGUCUCGCUCGCUGCCGGUGAACGUGGUGAUCACGUCGUCGGACCCGCUGCCCACCGCCACCACCGCGCCGCAGCCCGUGCUCAGCGUCACCAUCCCACCCAAACAUAUCAAGGGCACUCCGCACAACUACCAGAUAGCCAUGCCCGCCAUCAGCGAGCCCAACGUGUCCUUCACCUCCGGCUUCCUCGCAAGUACCGUCAGCACGUCUACUGCAGCUAAACCAUUUUCUUCCUGGAACCAGGCCAAUGUCUUUAAAACUGCACAGUCUUCGAUUUCAUCACCCAAAGCUAAUGUGUCGGCGGACAAACCAACGUUUUCGUUGUUUGAUGGAGUUAAACCAAGUAGUGCUGAUAACUCACUGACGGUUGUUGAUGGAAAUAUUACCAAUGGUUCUCCUAAUACCAGCCUGAAUAAGUCAAGAACGUUGUCAGAAAGGAGCAACACUUCUGUCGAGAAUUACGACCCCUGCCCGGACUUCAAGCCCAUCGUGCCUCUGCCGGCCGAGAUCAAAGUAACCACGGGCGAGGAGGACGAGACCGCCGUGUUCAGCGCCCGCUCCAAGCUCUUCCGAUUCGUGGAUAAUCAAUGGAAGGAACGCGGAAUCGGUGAAAUGAAAUUGCUAAAACAUAAAGUGACGGGUAAAGUGAGAGUCCUUAUGAGAAGGGAGCAAGUGCACAAAAUAUGCGCCAAUCACCUCAUCACACCCGAGUUGGACAUUCAACCCAUGAAGAACGAAGCUAAAGCAUACUUUUGGGCAGCUAACGACUUUGCUGAUGAAUCCCUGGUAUUCGAAAAGUUCUGUGUAAGAUUUAAAACAGCAGAAAUAGCUAAACAAUUCUAUGAAGCAUUUGAAAAGGCCAGAAAGGAAGCUAAGUCGGCACCGACUCCCACUAAAAAGGAGGAGAAACCCAAAGCGGUAACAAAACCUAGCACUCCAGUAGAGAGCAACAAAAAGGAAACACCUAAACCAACCGAAACAGCACAAUCCAAUAAAACAGUCGUAGGCGGGUUCGUCUUUAGCGGCACACCGGUGUUCAAGGCCGUUGCAGAAGAGAAACCUGAGGCGAAACCUGUCGAGGCAGCCACGACUAAAGCCAACCCGUUCAGCGCGCUCUCCUUCAAGAGUACCACGAGCUCUCCCUUCAGCAACUUGUUCAACGUGACGAGUGCGAGCGCCGCGCCGGCCGCCAGCCCAGCGACCAGUCAGGACACGUCCAAGCUGAACACCUCAGAUACAGUGGAGGAGUACGAGCCUACGGUGGAGUUCAAGCCGGUGGUGCCGCUGCCCGCGCUCGUGGAGACCCGCACCGGCGAGGAAGACGAGACUGUCCUGUACGAACACCGCGCCAAGCUGCUGCGCUACGAAGCCUCCUCCAAGGAGUGGAAGGAACGCGGACUCGGCAACAUCAAGAUACUCGCCCAAAAGAACAACCCGCAAAAGAUAAGACUCCUGAUGAGGAGAGAACAAGUGAUGAAGGUGUGCUGCAACCACCAGCUGACCAAGGAGCUGGUGUUCACCAAGAUGCCCAACAUGGACAAGGCGGUCACGUGGUGCGCCAAGGACUUCUCCGAGGGAGAACUCGUCACAGAGACCUUCUGCUUACGGUUCAAGACCGCGCAGGUCUGCAAUGACUUCAUGGCAGCGGUCAAGUCCGCACAGGAAACACUCAAAGAUGAUACGAAGAUUGUAAAAGAACAACAAAACGAAGCCAAACAAAGCAACGCUGGAGGUUUCGGAGAUAAGUUCAAACCGAAAGCCGGCUCAUGGAGUUGCGGAGCGUGUUACACUAACAACCUGGAAUCGUUUACAAAGUGCGCUUGUUGCGAGCAGCCCAAGCCGCAAAGCGGUAAGGUGGAGAGUGCGCCGGCGGCGGCCGCGCCCACCGGCACGUUGAACUGGGGCGACCAGUUCAAGCCCAAGCCGGGCAGCUGGUCGUGCAAGGAGUGCUACGUCCGCAACGAGGGCACCACCGACUACUGCACCGCAUGCAACAGCCCCAAAGAUCCUUCCAUGCCCAAAAAAGAAAACAAACCUGCCGAAAACACCAUCAAGUUCAGCUUCGGCAUCCCCGCGCAAACAGCAGCCUCUAUCAAACCUGCUGAACCGGCCCAGACAACUACACCUGUCAAAGGUUGGGGUGACAAGUUCAAGCCUAAGGAGGGCAGCUGGGAGUGCAAGCAGUGCUUCGUGCGCAACGAGCCCAGCUCGGCGCAGUGCAGCGCCUGCACCAGCCCUAAAGACCCCAACGCGGUGAAGAAAGAACAGAACUCGAUCUUCGACAGUGUCGCCUCUGGCCCUAAGUUCAACUUCGGAAUCCCCGCCGCGGCCCCCGCUAGCAACAACACGGAGAAGCCGAAGUCGGAGCCCGCUUCCAUCUUCGACGGGACGGGCGGAAACAAAUUCAGCUUCGGCAUCCCAUCAGCUGCCGCAGAGAAGCCCGCGGCCAACGUAUUUGGUAACAUCGGUGCCACCAGCGUAAUCUUUGCAACGCCGAAGAAGCCCGACGCUCAGGCGAGCCCACUCGACCUGAUAAAGAAGAACGAUAGCUUGAGCAUUACUCCGGUCAAGCCGGCGUUGCUGCCGACGCCUCAGAAGGAUGCGGCGUCGUUCGGUGGCAAGGAGGGCGGGACUUUCGACUUUGUGUUCAAGCCAAAGACCCCGGCUAAGGGCAAGAGUCCCGUGAAGUCCCCGCAGGCCGAGGAGAGUGAUGACAACGAGUACGCGUCGGAGGACGAGGGCCACCACCUGCACUUCAGCCCCGUGGUGCCGCUGCCUGACAAGGUGGAAGUGGUGACAGGAGAAGAGGACGAGCUGGAGCUGUACGGACACCGCGCCAAGCUGUUCCGCUUCAUUUCGGGAGAGUGGAAGGAGCGCGGCAUCGGCGUCGUCAAGGUGUUGAAGCACAAGGAUACGGGGAAACUCAGGGUGGUGAUGCGUCGAGAGCAGGUGCUGAAGAUAUGUCUGAACCACGCGCUGACGGCGGACGUGGUCUACACGGCGAAGGACGACAAGACGUGGCUGUUCGCAGCCAACGACUUCAGCGAGGGAACCCUCAACCUGCAGCAGUUCUGUCUGCGGUUCAAGACCAAGGAAAUUGCCACUGACUUCAAAGACGCCGUAGACAAAGCUCUGGGAGGUAAAAGUGGUUCGGAGACGAAGAAAGACAGUGACAGUGAUGAGGUGGUGUUUGUGAGCGAGAUGCAGCCGACAGCCGAAGAGAAGAAGAAGGCGAAAGAGUUGAUGCUGCCUGAAAACUUCUACAACUAUAAGUACAAGGAUGCGUGCAAGGGUUGUCGCGGAUGUGAAGCGUGUGAAGACAAGGCCCCGGCUGGUGGAGCGACUCCCGCCGCCCCCGCCCCCGCCGCUGCCUCCCCCGCAACCCCCGCGACCCUCGCUAAGACCUCCACAAACUCCACUCCCACGUUCUUCAGUCCCUCUACGUCAGUGUACGGAACUCCCGCCAACUUCAACAAGACAGUAGACAACUCCAUAUUCCGCACGCCACUCGAGUCGAUCGGAUCUAACACUAACAAGUCUACUCCGUUCUUCGGAACUGCCAACAAGAAUACCAGCAAUGACAAGGAGAAUGCCCAGAAAACGGGAAUAUUCGGCGGAGCCGGUGACCAGGCGUCCACACCGCCGCAAGCGAAGAACCAAAAUGACAGCGAGUCUACGCCUACUCCAACCAAGAACUCGUCUAUCCUGGCCGCGCCUCGCCUCAGCGCUCUCAACACUCCCAAAGACGGAGACGCUCAGAAGGAACAGCCGAAAUCCAUUUUCUCUUCUCAGCCGGCGUCGACACAACAGUCGUUCUUUGGAACUAACACUUCCACUCCGUCCAUAUUUGGAAACCAAGUGAUUUCGGACAAGAAUUUGAUAUUCGGUUCGGACGCUACGAACGGCUCCAAUGCGAGGUCGAUCUUCAGUGCCGCCAACAACGCCAACAAGCCAACAUUCGCCGCCGGAAUCAAAAACUUAUUCGGAAAGCCAGAAACUAACAGCCCUUCGUCUGAGGAGGACAAGAAAGUUUUUGGAAUGAAUAAGAAUAACGAAAAUGCACCUGAUAACACAAGCAACAACACCCAGGCACCAGUGCAGUCCAUAUUUGGCUCCAGCCCAGCUCAGACCCCUAAUUUAUUCAGCAACCCAGUGCAAGGGAGUUUGUUUGGACCCAGUCAGAAUAAUUCGAACAGUGGUGGCAGCAUAUUUGGUAAAAGUGGAGGUUCUCUAUUCGGGAACAGCACUGGAAACAUCUUCUCGGGUGGCAAAUCGUUGUUUGGUUCCGGAGCGAACCAAUCCGCUGAUCUGAUCAAGAAUGAGACGACUAGCCUGUUCGGCAACAAGACUGAGACGAAAGAGAACAAAGCGGCGGAUAAGGACGGCCCUUUCAAAGUGGAUAACACUCUGAGCUUCGCGGCGUUGUCGUCUAGCGAACCCGGAUUUGGAACACAGAAAACAGACAACUUCAAGUGGGAGGGCGCGGGCAGCCAGCUGUUCACGGCGGCUCAGCGGGCGGCCCAGGAGCGGGCACGGGACGAGUCGGCCGCGGACGAGGAGGCUGAUGAGGAGUACGACCCGCAUUAUGAACCCAUCGUGCCGCUGCCUGACAAGAUUGUGGUCACUACUGGGGAGGAGGAUGAGGAGAAGAUCUUCGGCGAGCGCUGCAAGCUGUACCGCUACGACGAGAAGUGCCGCGAGUGGAAGGAGCGCGGCGUGGGCGAGCUGAAGCUGCUGCACCACCCCGCCAGGAGCACCUACCGCCUGCUGCUGCGCCGCGAACAGGUACACAAAGCAGUCCUCAACAUGCUGCUCUUCAUGGACCUGGAACUGCUGCCGCUCAAGAACUCUGACCGCGCGUGGACAUGGGCGGGCGUGAACUACGCGGAGGCGGGCGGCGAGCAGGAGACUCUGGCCGUGAGGUUCAAGACCGUGGAUCUGGCUACUAGCUUCAAGGAUAAGAUCGUUGAAUGUGUCCGGAAACUACAGGUAGCCGCCGCUCAAGCGAUCCGUGAGAGCAAGGAGUCUGGCAGCAAACCGACUGAAGAGAAAGUGGCGCCGCUCCGCCUGCCGAAACAUCUAGAAACGGACUCUCGGGCCGACCUCUCUGCCAAUAGCCAGGGCAGCGCUGACCGAACCCAGGAUAGUACUGACGGGGCUCAGAAUGUGGUGGCUGAGGAGGAAGUGAACGCGGAGUAUGAUUAUGAUGCUGAGCAUUAUGAGGAUUAUGAGAAUUACGAGGAUUAUUAUAAUGAGGACGAAGACGCCGUCACCUACUAUUCCUGCGAGGGCGCGGCCACGGUCUCGCAGGGCGACCACACGGCGCGCUGCCCCGAGGCGCAAGUUCACGUCAUGUACGACCAGGAGCUCUACUCGCCCAAGAUACUGGUGAUGGACGCGGCCACCGGGGAGAUACUGGCGGAUAUGCUGAUACAUACUGACACGCACUUCCAGAUGGAGGGCGAGUCGUGCACGUGGUCGGGCACGGACUACACCACGAACCAGCCGCUGGACAAGACGGUCAGCGUGCGCUUCCCCGACGCCGACACCGCCAGCCAGUUCUACAACAGCUGCGAGACGAGCAAAGCAGCGACGGUCUCAUCAACGGAUCCCGAGUCUUAAAUUAUUAUUAUAACUAAUAGAUAUUUAGUGUUUGUGAAUUCAUCAAUUACAAUGUGGGUCAGCCGCGUUACGCUUGAUUCACAGGCGACCAUUGUUGACUAAUGAAAUGUACAAAUGAAUUUUAAAGUGGAAAUAGAUCUUGUAUGUGUUUGAGUCAACAAAGAAUCGCCUGAUGGAAUCUUGCGUUUGAGAGAGUCGCACUCUUCCCGUGGACUACUUCAGAAAUUUGUACAGAUAUUUUUCUGCAUAAUUAGAUAUUCCUUCAUCGUGUUAUGAAACUGAAUGAAGUACCUACCUACCAUAUUUGCCAAAUGAUAUGUAAUACGAAAAUGUGUAAACUUUAAAGUCUGAUGGACUAAAAAAACUUCCGUUAUGAUUAUUUGUUGGAAUCGAAUUUUUGUUAUUUUUUACAGUAAGAUCUCGUUUUUUAUGUUUGCAUACUUAUUAGUAAAAUCGAAGUAGUGGGACUUUGGUGCGCGAAUGUUUGUUUACUGUGCAUUUUGUUAUGAGGCCAUAGUCGGACGCUGUAUUGGUCCUUAUUAUGUGUGUAUUAAAUCAUUAUAUUUCCUGAUAAUAAUCUAGAUAAUCCCAAGGAGAUCUAACCAAUAGUCAAUUUCCCCUAUUAAAUAGAGUGAACAUUAAGUAUUGCCAAUUUUUAUAAUUAACCCGAAAUAAUGUUCCUAGAGUUGGUUAGGUCUUUUUUUAUUGACUAACCUCGAAGUUACGAAUGACCUGGGGGGGUCACUCUAUAUGACUAAAAACGUAGAUUCGGAGCGCUCGCUGCUGCGCGAGCCACGACUGUAUCUCGUUGUAUUAAACGUGACGAUUGCACGACAGCUCUCGUUCGCCCGUUUUUCGUCAGUAUAGAGUAACCCUGCUAUGACGUCACUCCUGGCUUCGUGGAACUUUUGAGCCUCGAUUCACUGAGCGAACGGUUCAAAACCGUCAGCUUUUGUUCUGAAAACUAAGUAUGUAUAAGUAAAUAAAUAAUGAAUCGUGAAUAAAAUGUUUCUAAGAUUACGUAAAAGAUCAGUGAAUCCAGACUGAAAUCGUGCUGCAUAAUGCAAAGCUGUGAAUUGAAAUGAUAAAGGGAUAUGUGUUUUAACAUGUGGCCGAUAUUAUUAUUUUUUCCUUAGUCAUUAUAUUGUAAAAUUAAGUUGUUUUUAUUGUAACAACGAACUGUUUCCCUUUCUCAUUUAAAUUACGUACCGUAAAAGUAAUGUAAUCAUUAAAAUUUCGAUCUAUUCAGUCAAAUAAAUGAAGGUUACUGGAA